AUGUCUGGUUUCUUUCGCAAGGUCGGCGACUCCGACUCUGAGUCCGACAUCUCCUCGUCCGAGGAGGAGCUUUCUGAGCUCGAGUCCGGCGACGAGCAGCAGCAGCAAAAGACUACUCAGCCUGCCCCCGGUCGUUCCCGUUUCCUCAAGGUUAGCGAUGACGACUCGGACGAUGACGAUGACUCUGACUCGGACGAUGACGAUGACGAAGAGUCGCUCGACUCGGACGACGAGCCUCGCCAAGAUGGCAAGAAGGCCGCCCCCACUUCUCGCUUCAUGAAGGGCGCUGCCGACAGUGAUGACAGCGACUCGGAGGAGGAGGUCAAGAAGGUUGUCAAGUCCGCCAAGGACAAGCGUAUCGAUGACAUGCAGACCAUCGUCGACCACAUCGAAUCCGCCAAAAAGUCCGGCGACUGGACCUCGAUCAACAAAGAUUUCGACAACCUGAUGCGCUCCAUCGAGCGUCAACGCACCUUGAACGAGUCCAUCCCCGCUUUCUUCUACAAGGCCAUCUCCCAGCUCGACGAGUUCCUCAACGAGUCCGCUGCAAAGGAGAAGGAUGCUAAAAAGAAGAUGAAGGCUCCCGUUGCCAAGGCCAUGAACGGUAUCAAGCAGAAGCUCAAGAAGGUCAUCAAGGAGAACGACGAGACCAUUGCACGAUACCGCUCCGACCCCGACGGUUUCGAGGCUGAUGCCGAAGCUGCUGCUGCUGCCGCCGCUGCUCCUGCCGACACAGAGACUGCCAUCACCAAGGGUAAGAAAGAGCGUCUCGCUGCCGCCCUCGACGAGGAUGCCAACGAUGACUUCCAGACUGUCGGCCGUGGUGGCCGCACUGAGAUCUUCACCUCCGAAGGUCUCUUCAAGAGUCUCGCUGGCAUCAUGGAGGCACGUGGUAAAAAGAGCACCGACAAGAACGAGCAGAUCCGCAAGCUUGCCGACCUCUCGAGCGUCGCCGAUACUCCUUACAAGAAGAUCCGUGUCAUCCUUGCCCUCGUUGCUGCUCGAUUCGACUACAACGCUUCCGCUUCCGCUUACAUGCCUGUCGAGAUGUGGAAGUCCGCCCGCAAGGAGAUCAACGAGCUGCUCGCCCUCCUCAGCAAGCACCGCGGCUACAUUGUCCGCGAAGAGACCGAAGACUACGAUGACGAGGUCGAGCGUGUCCCUAACCAGAACGGCGAGAAGGAGACCGUCGCCGUCCGUGGCAGCAUCAUCAGCGUUGUUGACCGUCUCGACGACGAGUUCACCAAGAGCUUGCAGAACAUCGACCCUCACACCACCGAGUACGUCGACCGUCUCUCUGACGAGAAGAAGCUCUACGAGACCAUUGUCAUCGCUCAGGGCUACUUUGAGAGCAACAAGGAGACCGACGCUCUCUCGCGCUGCACCAUCCGCCGUCUUGACCACGUCUACGCCAAGCAGGAUGUCAUCAUCAAGGCUCUCGAGUCUACCCUCGGUGACGCCGCCAAGUUGUUCGAGUCGAAGCUGUUCCCCUCGGCUGCUCAAGUUGCUGAGCAGGACGGCCCUGCCACUCUCGUUCGCGCCCUUUGCACUUACCUCUACCAGGCACGCGGUGUUCAGGCCGAGCGACCACGAACACGCGCCAUGCUCUGCCACAUCUACUUUCACGCUCUGCACGCCGAGUACCACGUUGCCCGUGACAUGUUCCUCAUGUCGCACUUGCAGGAUGCUAUUCAGCUUGCCGAUGUUGCUACCCAGAUCUUGUACAACCGUGUCGUCGUUCAGAUCGGUAUCUGCGCCUUCCGCAACGGUCUCAUCAAGGAGUCGCAGGUGGCGCUCCAGGAGAUCUUUGCCACUGGUCGUGUCAAGGAGCUCCUGGCACAAGGUGUUCAGAAACAGAACCAGUUCAGCACCAUCACUCCUGAGCAGGAGAAGCUCGAGCGUCAGCGUCAGUUGCCCUUCCACAUGCACAUCAACUUGGAGUUGCUCGAAUGCAUCUACUUGAUCUCAUCCAUGUUGCUCGAGGUCCCCAACAUGGCUUUGGCCGGUAACGACCCUGAGUUGCGCAAGCGCGUAAUCUCGCGACCCUUCCGAAGGAUGCUCGACUACACUGACCGACAGGUCUUCUCGGGUCCUCCUGAAAACACUCGUGAUCACAUCAUGCAGGCCUGCAAGGCGCUCCAGAACGGUGACUGCAAGGGUUGCAUCGAGCUCAUCUCGGACAUCAAGAUCUGGAAGCUCAUGCCUGGUUCCGAAGAAGUCAAAUCGAUGCUCGCUAAGCGUAUUCAGGAGGUUGGUCUUCGCACAUACCUAUUCUCUUACUCUGCAUACUACGAGUCGGUCUCACUCUCACAAUUGGCAGCGACAUUCGAUGUCGAGGAAAAGGUGGUCAAGGCGAUGGUUUCGAAGAUGAUCUACAACGAUGAGUUGGCAGCUUCGCUCGACCCUUCGGCCAACGUGGUCGCUUUCCACAGACUCGAAUUGACCAAGGUACAGCAGCUUGCUGCGACAUUGGCGGAGAAGGCCAACUCGAUGCUCGAGCAAAACGAACGUUUGCUCGAUGCCAAGUUGGGCGAGGGUAAGGAGCAGAGGAGUGGUCCUGGCGGCGAGAGGGGUGAUCGUGAAGGCGGACAGGCUGGUGGACGUCGUGAGAGGAGAGGUGGUUCUGCAGCACGUGGUGGACGAGGUCGUGGACGUGGACGAGCACAACAGUUCCAAGCGCUUGGACAGAAGGUGUAA